CCCGAUCAAGCACUCGAUCAUCUCCGCCUCCAUACUCGAUCAUCGCAUCCACGUCGCCCCUCUCGGUCUCUCGCUGAAGCUAGAUCCCUGUGCUCCGCCUCGACAUGUCGGACCGCCCAGAAUCAUCCACCUCCAACAAGCAGACCGAAGAGGGUUCGUCUGCAGAGCUCACGGCUGUUGUCGAUGAGCUGCUCAACCAACUUUCCUCCAAGUUCUCCAACGUCUCGUCCGAGUUGAUUGCGAAAAUGGACGACAUGAGCCGCCGUCUUGAUGCUCUGGAAAGCACGAUUCAAGCUGGUGGUGACCCGAAGAGCGAAGAUGAGGACAAAUAAGAUGCGUUGCGGCCAGUCUUUCGCAAUCAUAGUAUUUGGCGUUUUGACAGGGUACUCUUUGGGCUGGCGAACGGAGUUCGAAGAAAUUAAAUAUAGUCUGCUGUCA